GCACGGGAGUUUGCGCAUGCGAGAGAUUCUUCCCUUCCGGCUUCCCCCCCUCUGUGACCUCAGUUUUUAGCUACAAUUUUUUUCGUGAAGGACGUUACAGAAAAUAAACCUACGAUCUCUGUGCCAAGAAAAACUUAAAAGACCUCGUUCCGUUGUUGACAUUACAUGCAAAAUAUGGUAUACCUGCACUUUCCGUCAAACCUAACCGAGGAAGAGUUGAUGCUGCAGACUAAGUUCAGCAAGCUAAAGAGAAAGAAAAGAGCACUACAAGAUCUGAAGGCUCCUAAACAGGAAGCAGAACGCAUUCCUCAAGCGCCAAAACGGCCUACAGAGGCAAGAGAUGCUCGCGAAGUAGCCAAGAAAUUGAUCAAGUCCGGCGUAAUCACAGCCCCGAAGACCCCUAAGCGGCCGGAGCAGACAUUCAAGAGAUCUCGCGGACUGGAGAGGAAGUUAAACAGCACGGAGAAGACGAUCAGUUCCUACCAACCGUUCUCCGCGAUGCAGGAGGAGGAAGAAACGGAGGUAGCUAGGCCGAAAACCAAGGAUUUAUAUAAUAACUUUGUCGGUGCUCAGGCCACCGGGGAGAGUAACGCCAGUGAUACUCAAUCUCCCACUAAACAGGAGAUUAAGCCACGUGCCGGAAAUACAAUAUUUGUAUGCGGUUACAAAAUAACGGAGGAUUAUCUAAAGAAGCAUUUCCAAAGUUUUGGAAAUAUCGUCAAUAUUUCCAUGGAAGUAGAGAAAAACCAUGGCUUUAUAACUUUUGAGAAGGCUGAAGCGGCUGAGAGAGCGAUAAGCGAAAUGGACGGUAGUAUGGUCUCGUCCAUCCAAUUAAAAGUAUCGUUAGCAAGGAGGCAGCCGGUAAUAGAACCGGUCAGCGACACUAUGUCCAGCUCUAUGUGGUCACCGAUAGCAGCUAAUUAUUCCCAGAAAAGUGCACACAAAGACAGGCGGGAGCUCAAGGUAUACGAAGAGGAUCUCUUCCAGUAAAUGUAAUAUUUUUGUUGGCCACAAUUUCUGCAAUUUCUAGUUCCAAUUUUGUAUAUAAUAUCAAUAUGACAUCAUGGCAUAUCAUGAUACUUUUUGUUGUAUCUAGUAUUAUUUAAAAAUGUAUAUUAAUUUAUAUUUUUAAUUAUGUUCUUCCAUUUCUCAUUAUGAUCAUUUAUCAACAAAUUCGAAUAGCAUUCUUCUGUAUAUUCUUUAUGUCUAAUAAUUGAUUUAUUAUUAUAAUUGUAUAACAAAGUUCAUAAUAGAGUAUAGAAAUAUUCAUUUAUAUAUAAGAAAAGAUAUUAUACAAUCGAACCUUGUUAAUCAGCUGAAUCUUAGUCUUUAAUUUCU